GAUGAAUGAGGAAAAUAAUCAGAGAUAUUGCCGUCAGACGCAAACUUCUCCUCUAAAUCGAUAUUUGAGAAAAGGAAGAAGAGAAGAAUCCGACUUGGAAGUCGGUGUUUCAACAGCUACUCAAACAUCGAGUGCACUCGAUUCUCUUCUAAUCGGCUUUCGACCGAUACCAUCGAGAAAUCUCAUCAAAAUUUUUGCCAGUUCUUAUCAAACUCCAGAUGAUCUCAUAGUAAACUAUAUUACCGAUCUCUAUAUGAAAUUAGCUAAAGAAUUGCAUAAUGACGCGAUCCUGGGGCAAAAAUUACAAAUGGCGCUUACGCUUUUUUAUAGGAUUCUUGAAAAGAUUCUAUUAAUGGAAAAAAGGAAUUACAAUGAUAAAGAAAUGACUUUAAUCUUACGGAAGGAAAUGUUUUACAAAUGUCUUUUCGCUUGCGUCUUUGAAAUCCUAAUCUUUUCUUAUGACUCUGAAAAGACAUUUCCCUGGGUAAUUCGGGUUCUGGAUUUAUCUGCCUUUAAUUUUUACAAAGUAAUUGAAUUGGUAAUUAGGGCCGAAGGCAGCCUAAGCCGUCAGCAGGUUAUGCAUUUGAACAAGAUCGAAGAAUCCAUUCUAGAGAGUCAAGCGUGGGCCACAAAUAGCCCUCUUUGGUAUCUUUAUAAAGAAAACGGAUACGCACUAAAGCGACAUCUCUCUAACAAAACUGAUUCGGUCGAGUUAUUUUUAAGAAAAGUACAAAAUUUAGCCUAUGCUAAAUUGAAAAAUUUCUCCUGUCAUUUAAGAAUUAAUGAGAUACUCUUUGAUAAAAUUUUAUCGACGUUUCGCUUCGUUCUAACUAAUCAUACCACAAUUAUGAUGGAUAGACAUAUUGACCAAAUAAUUAUGUGUAUCGUAUAUGCUAUUGCCAAAGCAACUGGUCAGAAUAUCUCAUUUCAAAGAAUUCUAACCAUUUAUAAAAUGCAAUCGCCGUCCAAUAUUAAUAUUUAUCGAAAAGUUCCGCUGACGAAGCGUUCUUUUAAUCAGCUGACCUCAAUAGAAACAUCAAUUGAUGAACCUCUCGAAAAGAGGACGAAAACUGGUCAACGCUUUCCAUUUUCCUUUACUCGAUCAGAUUAUAAAGAUUCCAGAGAAGAGAGAAGAUAUGUGAAAAAAACUGCAACUGACAGAAAAAAUACCGUUGAUAUCAAUAAUAACAAUAAUAAUCAUAAUCAUGAUAAUAAUAAUAAUUAUGAUGACGGAGAUAAUGACGUCGACGGGAACGGCUGUGAAAAUGAUGAUGAUACUGAUAAUAAUAAUAAUGAAAACUGGAUAUCAUCCAAGAGAAGACGAUUUUCUGCUUUUAAAAUGGUGAAUAGAUCGCAUCUGUUACAUAACGCCAAUAAAGAGACUGUAGAAAGGACAUUGACUCAGUUGUCAACGAAUUCUACUGUGCAAAUAGUUUAUCGACAAGGAGCUAAUAAAGACAGAGAAUACGGGGAUAUUAUUCAGUUUUACAAUUCCGUUUUUGUCUGCUUAGUAAAGGAUUUUGUUCUAAAAAUAGCAAAGUUAUAUAAGAAAGAAAUGGAGGAAAAGGAGAGAGAAGAUAGAAAUGAAAAGAAAACUCGAUUAACUGGUAUUCACUCUACGAAUUAUCCAAGAAAAUAUGGAGAUUUUCGAGUUUCCGUUCAUUCAUUUAAACCGAGUGCUGUUUGUAUAGGAGCAACUUUACCAGGCACUAAAUAA